GUGUUUCCGCCGCUGCAAGCAUAAAAGGCCCAUCGGCGCAGCUGACAGCACCAUUCGUUGACAGGCAAUAUGACUUCUCUCACCCCUAAGGACAAGAGCACCGUCAGGGCCUUCUGGGCCAAAAUCUCCAAAAACGCCGAUGACAUCGGCAAAGAAGCUCUGGGCAGGAUGCUGAUCGUGUACCCACAGACCAAGACCUACUUCGCCCACUGGCAGGACCUGAGCCCCAACUCUGCCCCAGUGAAGAAGCACGGAAUGACCGUGAUGGGUGGAGUUGCUGAUGCUGUGAGCAAAUUGGACAACCUGCCUGCGGGUCUCCUGAACCUCAGCGAGCUGCACGCCUUCACUCUGCGUAUCGACCCUGCGAACUUCAAGAUCAUCGCCCAUGUCAUCCAGGUGGUCCUGGCCAUCAUGUACCCCAACGAUUUCACCCCUGAGGUCCAUGUGUCCUUUGACAAGUUCCUGGCCUUCCUGGCUAUUACUCUGGCUGAGAAAUACCGAUAAAUGCAAGUUGUAUGUCGUCUGUACACCAAAUGAAAUAAAGGCAUUUAAAAUUCAAA